AUGGCCACGGAGGAGGACCAGGGCCCGAAGCCCAUUCCUGAGCCCUGCCCCUCAGAGCCAGAGCCAGCGCCGGUCCUGCCCUCGCUGGGUCGCUGCGACCAGGGCCAGAAUGUGCGCGGUCGGACCGGCUGGCCUUUCCAGCCCCAGCAGAAGACACCUUUAUUCUGCCUGGCAGCCCCACAGAGUCAGAGGCCAAUGGCAGGACCCCUGUCCGCGGCGAUCCUGCUGCUGACCUUAGCCCUGGGAUUUGCUGCACAAGAUGAAAGCGAUAGGAUUAUUGAUGGAGUCCCAUGUACAGAGGGCUCCCAUCCCUGGCAAGUGGCCCUGCUCAAGGGCAAUCAACUCCACUGCGGCGGCGUGCUGGUCAACGAGAUGUGGGUGCUCACCGCCGCCCACUGCAAGAUGAGUGAAUACAACGUGUUCAUGGGCAACGAUAGACUGAGCAGUUGGAGAGCGCAGAGGAUCAGGGCCACCCGGUCGUUCGUCCAUCCAGAGUACUCCAGGCAAACGCACGUCAACGACAUCAUGCUCGUGAAGCUAAGUAGCCGGGCCAGGCUGUCAUCCACGGUGAAGAAAGUCAACCUUCCCACCCGCUGUGAGCCCCCUGGGACCACGUGCACCGUUUCUGGCUGGGGCACCACCACCAGCCCUACCGUGACCUUUCCCAAGGAGCUCAUGUGCACGGAUGUCAAGCUCAUCUCCGACGAGGCGUGCAGGAAGGUUUACAAGGACCUGCUGGGAAAAUCCAUGCUGUGUGCAGGGAUCCCCAACUCCAAGACCAACGCCUGCAAUGGCGACUCCGGGGGACCACUGAUAUGCAAAGGCACCCUGCAAGGCCUGGUGUCCUGGGGAACUUUCCCUUGUGGCCAACCCAACGACCCAGGUGUCUACACCCAGGUCUGCAAGUACACAGACUGGAUAAACCAGACCAUAAGAAAGCAUCGCUGAUUGUCCAAACUCCCAUCUCUCCAUCCGCACUCCCUCGACAGGACAGCCACCGAAAAGAGGAUGUCAAUGACCUAUGGGUCUAUUUGACUUUACCUUCCUUAAAGUCUUAUCGGAACCUCAACAACAUGUGCAUAAACCAAUUAAAUUAACAACAACAAAAAAAACCCUUAAGAUCAAAAUAAGAAAUACAAACACCUCAAUGCUGGUGAAGAUGCGGUGAGACCAGCAACCUCCAUCACUGGAACUGUAAAUUGGUACAAUGGUUACAGAAGGCGGUUGGGCAAGAUUGAUCUAGCGCCUUAUUCACCCCCCUUUGACCCAGUAAUUCUAGUAAAUCCAAAACGUGGGCAAAGUUUUAAUUCUUCAAAACCUUAUUUGUCAUGGCGAAACCGUGGAAACACCGAACAUGUCCCAAAUUAGCGGAUUGUUUAAGUAAACCAGAAACUGAUUUGUGACAAGGACAUACGUGAAGCCGUUCAGGAUAACAAUCGUGCAGCGUUGUGAGUGUCUCGA